GUUUAUGAAUCAACCAGUGAAAAUUGGCUGCACAAACGUUUUGGGGACAAUCUAAAUUUAUUUGAUUUGAUUUAAUCAACUUUGUUAUGGAUGUUAUCAAUAAAUUUUACUCGUCUGUAACACAGACGGUGUCUUCUGUUCUACCAGGAAAUCCAGUUAUGAGGGAAUAUGAUGUAACUGAUCAUAUUGCAAGCGCUGGUAGAUCUUGUAUGUGGAAAAUUUACUCCGGAUUCAAAAAAUCUACUCGACAAGAGGCUUCGAUUUUUGUUUUGGACAAGAAACAAUUUGAAAAGUUUUCGAAGGAAGACAAAGAAGAAAUGUUUAAUAUUGUAAGAAGCGGAAUUAUCCAUCUCACGAAAAUACGUCAUCCUCAAGUGCUUACAGUUCAAUAUCCCUUAGAGGAAAGCCGGGAGAGUUUUGCUUUUGCUUCGGAACCAGUCUAUGCAAGUCUCGCAAAUAUACUAGGGGACACCACAAACGUUCCUCCUUCUGCGACAAAGCAAUUGAUCAGGCAUAAUUUGCAUGAAGUUGAGAUCAAAUAUGGUUUACUACACCUUUUUCAAGGAAUUCAAUUCAUUCAUAAAACAGCGAAAUUAGUACAUAGAAAUAUCAAUCCGUACAGCGUCGUGCUAAACUCAAAUGGAGUAUGGAAAAUAUUUGGAUUUGAUUACAGUCAAGAUAACCAGGAGAUACUCCGCUAUGACAUCAAUCCUCAUCAAAGUAUUCUCACAUACCCAUGCUUGGAAUAUACGGCACCUGAAUGCGUACUAAAUAAUCAAGUCUCAAUCAGUGCAGAUUACUACUCAUUAGGUAUACUCAUAUGUGCGAUAUAUACGAAUAAAUGCUAUCCGUUCAAAACCAUAGAUAUGGGAAUGCCUACAUUUAAAGCUUUUCUAAUGACAAUGCGGGAAUUAGAAAACACCGUAUUAUUGGAAGUACCAGCGGAAAUCAGGGAAUCUGUUAAAAGCUUAUUGACAGCCAACCCAUCGUUGCGACAGGAUGUGAUUCAAUUCUCUAAGUCAAUUUAUUUUGAUGAUAUUUGUGUGAAAAGCCUCAGUUUUCUUGAGACACUUUUCCAAAGAGACAAUCAGGAGAAAGCCAAGUUUUUCAGAGCCUUUACUCGGAUUAUUGAUCAACUACCUCAUCAUGUGAAUCUGCUUAUGGUAUUGCCAUGCCUUUUCAAGGAAUUUGUGAACCCAACGAUGAUACCAUUCGUUUUACCAAAUGUGUUUCUCAUCGCGAAGAUAUGCACACAGGCGGAGUUUGACAAGUUUGUGUUCAUGCAAUUGAAACCCAUCAUGACCAUCCAAGAACCAAUACAAAUUCUACUGAUUUUCAUGCAGAAUAUGGAGCUUUUACUGAAACUAACUCCUACUAGUGAUGUGACUUUGCAUGUUCUACCACUGGUGUACAAUGCACUCGAAUCUAAUUCCAAACAAAUUCAAGAAUUAUGUCUGGCAAUCAUUCCUUCGUUCGCCAAACUGGUGAAUCAUACUACAAUGCAAAAUUGUGUUUUGACGCGCAUAAAAAAAUUGUGUGCAGAUACAUCUCACAACUCUGUUCGUGUGAAUUGUUUAUUGUGCAUCGGUCAGCUUCUUCCAUAUUUAGAUAAAUGGACAGUUCUAGAUGACAUCCUGUCAUUUCUCCCAACCAUAACUGCUCGCGAACCGGCGGUCAUAAUGGCGAUAAUAGGUAUUUACAAAAUUGCAUCUCAUCACGAAUUGCUUGGGAUUCCGAAAGAGUUUUGUGCCAACAAAGUUUUGCCAUUUCUAUGGCCUCUAUCGAUACAAAACGGGCUCACGUUACAGCAAUAUGGCUCUAUAGUAACCUUUAUGAACGAACUAUCAAAGAAAGUGGAGGUUGAACAUAUGAAUAAACUUCAGCAAUUACAUAUAAAGGAUGAUUCGGUGCAACUAGGAAUAAUGCCACCCGCGGCGAUAGAAAGCCCUAUCGACGAUGCCAAAAAUGAUACAAAAGAAUUCAGAAAUUCGAUACUCGUGAAAAAUAUAGAUGGAUGUAUCUUCCCAAAGAAUAAAGUCAACAAUAAUGAAGACAAAUCCUCAAGGAUGAAUACCAUAUCAACGACGGUCAUAUCAACCAACUCCCAAGUUCUCACAACUACAAUACCUUUUUCAUUAACGUACCCCAGACAGAUUUCGAGUGUAUGGUCACAACAGAAUGAUAACAUCGAAACGACAAGCUGCAUGCGAAGAAGAAAUGACAUUAUGGAACCACUAACAUCCUUUCCAAUUAAUGAUGAUUUUCAAAAUAAUAGUCCCAAUACAAUUCCAUUACUUAAACCAGUGAGCAUUUCCACGCAGUACAGAUCUAUAAAAUCGGAUACCAUUCUGUCUAAAGAAGAAAUUUUAGAGUUUCUGAAAUGAUGAUAACAUUAAGCUUAGUUCAAUUGCAGACACAUAACACUAUCCAAUUACAGAUAACAAUAUCCAAUUCUUAUUAAUUGGUUCCAGGAUCUUUACAAAAGUCGGAGAGAGUCUUUCAAUGAAAAGUGACCGUGCAAUAGGGUGCCAAUGAAAAUGGUCAUCUCUGUAGAAUGUACGAUAUCUUUCCACAUAUCUGUGGUACGGCGGGGCGAAAAGUGCAUACCUUUCUCAUACACAUUGCUAACCUUAUAUUCAGUUCAUAUUCAUUACUCGCAAAUACAAGACGUGAAAAGUA